AUGGCUCGCAAACACCUUCUUGCCUUCACGAUCAGCGGUGGUUGGGGACAUGCGCGACCUAUGCUUAUCUGGUUCUCGCGCCUCGUAAAGCUGCACCCCGUUGAAAUCACCUUCCUGAUUCCCGAACCCAUCUCAGAGCGUGGCGCGCAGGAGAUCCAACGACACUUUGCUGAGGAUGAGCAACAUCUCAGGGACCUGGUCAGGCUCGACAUCAUCCCUGGCGCCAGUCCUGCCCGCUGGGACAUCAUGCGAAAGAGCUUCGACGAUGGCUACGACGCUAUCCUGGCCGACCCAUCUCGUCGUGACCCGGACCUGGUUGUUUGUGACAUCGUCGCACACACCGUUUUCGAGUCUAUGCAAGCACGCGUAGCCGCUGGCGCAAAGAAGAUCCCCGUCGUUGGCUGGGCUGGAGAAUCUCCGAUGGUACUACUGCCCAUGAUACGCGAGUACUGUAGCGAUAUACCAGGACUGGUCAAGUCUAUUGAGGACAGGGCAAGCGAACAGAACAUUUUGUUUAAACAAGCUUCAGAUCAAGUGAAUAUCGAGCACAUACGAGGCGAACCCAUCAACAUACCUGAACUUCCACCUAUGGCCGAUUACGAACUUUAUCCGCAAGAGCCACCCUUCUACCUCACCUUUGAGAUUCAUCUUGCAGCAUUGCGAUCCAUCGUCGUGAGCGAUGGGUUUGUCACCUCUGCUUGUUACGGAAUCGAGCCAAAGACGCAUGCUCUGAUGACGGAUUACUUCGGCGACCGCCCCGUCUCCUACUUUGGUCCCCUCGCACCGCCUCCGCAAGAAGAAGAGUUGAAUCGCAAGGAGCUCACACAGACCGCGGAGUGGACUGAAGUCGAGAUUUUCAUGAAGCGCGUUCUGAAGGAGAGGGGCGAGAAAAGCCUACUCUAUAUCUCGUUUGGAUCUUCCUUCUCAACCCAAAUCGGAUACGAGGCGGACAAGAUCUGGGCAUGGUUGGAGGUUACAGCCGACCUCGACGUCCCAACACUUGUCUCCUACCCGGCGCGCAAUCACCCAGUACCGGAGCCUUUGCGCAGCCGUCUAGACGCUUCCCCAUAUCACCUCCUUCUCGACUUCACGCCGCAACAGUAUAUUCUGGCCCAUCAAGCUACCGGCUGGUUCUUGACCCAUAACGGCAUGAGUAGCACACACGAGUCACUGGCGGCGGGUAUCCCUACGAUCUCAUGGCCGCUCUGCUCGGACCAGCCUGUCUUAUCGACGCUGUGUUCCCAGGUCAUUGAGUGCGGAUACGAACUGAACGAGGUUCGCCGCGGUUGGGGUCUGAAGCCACGCCUCUCGACUGGAUUUGCUGCUACAGGCACCGUGGAUGCUACGAAGCGCGAGGCGAGAGAGGUGCUAUCGAAAGCGUUCGGUGACGACGUAGCGGCGAAAGCGAGGAUACAGGCUGGCGUGGAGCGCGGGAAGACGUUGAUGGCGGAUGCUUGGACAGAAGGGGGGUAUGCAAGGAGGGAAUGCCAGAGGUUUAUAGACAGGUUCCUUCUGUGA